CUCCCAUCUGGUUGAAUUGAAUCUUGGUGAAUCGAGCUUCCAGGAGCUAUGGUUGCCCCAGCCGUUCCAGAGAUUGUCGAGUCGGAAAUACAUGAAUCGGUGAACACUCGUACUGAAUCGCUUCCCAUUCUGCGUGAAUUGGGACCCCCGGAUUUAGUUCAUCUAACAAAAUCUCAACCCAAGGUUGGCUUGAAAGAGAUUGGUACCUAUCAUCAUGUUACUGGAGUGGAUGCUUCUUCUUCAGCCUCCUUAGCAGCUUACAUCAAUACCCUCACCUAUCUAAUCGGUGAGAACCAAAUUUGGUUUGGCAAACCGCAAUCAUGGCGUAUAACGACGGGCAUAUAUUGCUGUUAUAAUGCUUUCUCCCGAGUAGACAUGCGGGUUGAGGUUAAAAUCCCUGGAUCCGUUGAGGCAUAUGCGGUGGAUGAACGUGGCGAAAAACGGAUGGCAUCGGAAUUACUCUGGCUUGAAACCUAUCUAUGUGGAGUGCUGCGAGCGUUUAACUAUGCUGAUGACCAACAAAAUCGGAUUGUUGGCUGUAGGAGAUUUAACCCAAUUACCAAUACCGAGGCGGAGCAUAAGUUUUUAGAUGCUGCAGAACGGCUGUUCUCCCGAGGCUGGCAAUUGGGUUCUGAUCCUGAGAUCCAGGUCCCAAACAUGGUCUCAAAUUACUUAACUUCUGGACUCCUCACGUACAUUCACACUACUGGUCGAUUUGCGUCAGGGGUGAAUCUUUUUGAAAAACUUCGCUCAAAGGAACCUGAGGUUGCUUCUCUUCUAGCACGUGUUUUGAUUGACGCGGAUGAGGAGGUCAAGGCUGUGUCUCUGUUAUGCGAGACCAUCAAGCUAUUGCCGUUGGAUAGCGGCCUUCUUGAUGUUCAAGCGGCCUUCUGCAUGAGCAAAGGGCGAUAUGAUCUCGCUUUGGAAUGCGCCAAGAAGGCUGUUAACAGUGCCCCAAGCGAAUUCACCACUUGGGAACGGCUCGCUCAGGUAUACCUGAAGCUCGAGCAAUAUGAACUGGCUCUCCUCACCCUUAAUUCUUGUCCAAUGUUCACCUAUCAAGAUCGUGACCACCCAAAAAUGCCACAGCCAACCAAAAUGCAUCUUCCUGUCCUCGCUGAGUCGGUCCUGGAUGAGAUGUCUGACGAGAGUCACGACCCUAAACAUGACAAGCUGGAUGCAGCUUUGCUGAAGCUUCCAGCUGCCAGCUUGAGGGGCACAUUUGCCAAGGCAUAUAAACUCCUUACGGAAAUUACUAGCCAGAUUGGAUGGGACAUGCUCUUGAAAUAUAGAAGCAAUGUUUUUGUUAUGGAAGAGGAAUAUCGGUUUGAGAAGAGUGCAAGAAGAAUAUCUACACAGAAGUAUUCUCAUAUUCAGAAUAAACGCCUUUGUGAGCGAUGGCUGGACAACCUCUUCAUGGUUCUUUAUGAGGAUCUACGAGUCUACACCAUAUGGCGGUCAGACCUCGUUCGCCAUGGGCAACAGAAACGUCCCUAUCGUAAAUCUGCUACUGAGCUCGAAAUACUUGGGGAGCUAGCUCAGCGUCUCCAUCAUCAUGCUGAAGCAGAGGAGGCCUUUCAGUCACGCCUUCAAAUCCGCUUCUCUGCAAGAGCGCUCCGUGGCGUUUUACAAACACAGGAGAAAAACAAAGACAACAGAGGUGCUUUAAAUAGCAUUAUUCGAUUAACUGCUUGGCAAUAUAGAUGGUAUUCGGAGUUCUCGCCUGCGAUCCUGUACUCGAUACGAAAAUUGAUUGCUGAAGACGGGGCAGUCAAGGUUCGCAGCAUUGUCCAAGCCACUAACUUCCCGCAGAGUGUUCUUGACUUGACCCAUAAUUACGCUCAGCUCUGUGCCGCCUUCCGCAGUAGCGGUAGCGAUGGCUAGAAUGAUCAAUCGUCCCGCGUUUCACUCUUCUGCUAGACAGAGAGACCUCCCGAUCGACGAAAUGUUUUUGUUUCUUACUUUUGCCCAUGAAGGAGACGCAUUUGUUGCAGGGAGCGCUCUUUUUAUUUUUUUUCUGAGAGUCUGUUCUUUUUAAUUGCACAUUGGUAUUCUAUUCAAAUCGCAGGAAGACAGAAAUAAAAUUUUAUUGGCUAUCUUUCUAUCGAUCACUCAGAGAGGACAUGCUGUAGAUUCUUUUUGCCUCGGGGUUUUUGUUGGUACCUUAAUGAACACGAUGGUAUUUUUUGAAUGAGUUUCCAAUUAAAAUUUAAUAAUAAAAAAUACAAGUUCUGU